GCUCCUCCCCGCCCCGUGACUACAAGCCCCAUCCUGCCCUGCGCUCAGGCACAUUACGCCAGAGCAAGAUGGCCGACGCGGCGGCCACUGCCGGGGCUGGCAGCUCCGGAACGAGAUCAGGAAGUAAACAGUCCACUAACCCUGCUGAUAACUACCAUCUGGCCCGAAGGCGAACCCUGCAAGUGGUUGUGAGCUCCCUGCUGACAGAGGCAGGGUUUGAGAGCGCUGAGAAAGCAUCUGUGGAAACAUUGACAGAGAUGCUGCAGAGCUACAUUUCAGAAAUUGGGAGGAGUGCCAAGUCUUACUGUGAGCACACAGCCAGGACGCAGCCCACACUGUCAGACAUUGUGGUCACCCUUGUCGAGAUGGGUUUCAAUGUGGACACUCUCCCUGCUUAUGCAAAGCGGUCUCAGAGGAUGGUCAUCACUGCCCCUCCAGUGACCAAUCAGCCGGUGACCCCCAAGGCCCUCACUGCAGGACAGAACCGACCCCACCCGCCACACAUCCCCAGCCAUUUUCCCGAGUUCCCCGACCCCCACACCUACAUCAAAACUCCGACGUACCGUGAGCCUGUGUCGGACUAUCAGGUCCUGCGGGAGAAGGCCGCAUCCCAGAGACGAGACGUGGAGCGGGCACUCACCCGUUUUAUGGCCAAGACCGGCGAGACCCAGAGUCUUUUCAAAGAUGACGUCAGCACGUUUCCCUUGAUUGCUGCCAGGCCUUUCACCAUCCCCUACCUGACCGCUCUUCUUCCGUCUGAGCUGGAGAUGCAACAAAUGGAGGAGACGGAUUCCUCGGAGCAGGAUGAGCAGACAGACACAGAGAACCUCCCUCUUCACAUCAACACGGAUGAUUCUGGAGCCGAGAAGGAGAACGCCUCCGUCCUGCAGCAGAACCCUUCCUUGUCGGGGAGCCGGAACGGGGAGGAGAACAUCAUCGAUAACCCCUAUCUGCGGCCUGUGAAGAAACCCAAGAUCCGCAGGAAGAAGUCCCUCUCGUGAGCUGAGAAGGAAGCCUGCCUUGUAGAGAGACGUGGAUGCCACCCUCCUGGGGGAGUUAAAGCCACUCGAGGGAAGAAGAGGGUGGCUGCCUCGGGGUCGAGCUGAGGCUCUAGGGUGUGACCGGGCAUGAUUUUAAUAGCAAACUCUCUAUUAAGAUUACCUGUUUUCACUGGAUGUUUGGGUUGAUGAAGAUACGAUGGUAACAAUGAGGCUUUUUAAAUCAACCGGGCCAUACCGUGGGGCACAGGAGCAGCCAGUGACUUCGUUUAUAAUCAUGGAACUUGAUUCCUUGAAACCUGGGAGACCAGGGAAGGUGGCAGGAAAGAAAGGGCUCUUUGCCCACUUUGCUCACUGCCAGAAAGACUGUUUGCUUAGUUUGUGUUUCAGGAUAUCUUGACCCCUUUUAUUGACUGACAAUUUGUGGCACCUAUUUUAUCGUCCUAGAACCUCCUUACUUCUCACCUCACCUGGGCUCCACGUGCCCUGUCGGGCUGAUCGAAGGUGACUUUCCCUCCUUUAACAUGUUGGAAACAGGAGGCCCACCCAUCGCAGCCUCCAUCUGGGGCCGGCAGGAGUCAGGAGGCAUAAGCAGAUGCGUGUGGAGUAGAAUGAAAGGCAGUACUGACUCUCUCAUCAGCAUCUGAUGAAAGCUCCCUAAAGCAGGGCAGCGCCCUCUCCUGAGGGGUUUAUCAUUUACUGUCCCUCUGUGGAGCGUGUGCUUGGGAACAACCAAGUUCUGCCCCAUCCUGGGAAAAGAGAUUUUCUUUGACAAGAGCCUACAUCAGUGGAUAUAUUACGCUGUGAUUUGAUGGAGGAAUCACUGGUUUUAUGCAGUAGGAAAAGGAUUUGCUGGGGGUGGGAGGUGGCGGGGAUGAGAUUUUGAAGGCCGGGCUUAGCCUCAUGUUCUGAAAGCUGAGAAACCUGUUCGGUCUGCUGGAAGUUGGCGUGGAUGGAAGGCCAUGUGCCCACCUUAUGGCAGAAGUGGGCCAAGAAGAGCCUGCAGGUCUGAAUCUGUCCAGCCUCUUUGCCUCUUUAUCCUUGAUGUGCCCUACAAACCAAAAAAGAAGGAUGCUGGGCAAGCUGAUACCUUUUGACUGUUCUCCAAAGGAAGAGGUUUUAAAACCAAGUUGGAGGAAGAGAAGUGCCAGUGACACCUGGAGGCUAACACAGGGUAAAGGAGGAGAUCCUGGGUUAGUGUCCUAAGGUCCAUGCUGAGCUCUCCUGAUACUCGGCUUCCACAGUCAUCUCUUAACCUUCUGUCCUCUUGGUGAAUUUGAAAACUCGAAAAACCUGGUGACUUGACAGCAGGCUCCAUGUUCCUCUGGCCUCACUGUUCUCUAAGCAUUUCAUCCCGCUGGCUGGAAGGAAAGUGCUGCUCGUCAGCAACUGAAGAGAGGAUACUGAGAAAAUCGGAUUCCCCAGCUCUGGACCAAAUAAGAGUUUUUCCGGUUUGUAGUGACCUGAAACUCUUCCAGUUGAAAGUAGUCAGAUCGGGCCUGUGCUGACCCCCUCUGAACUUGCCAUUUGGCUCUUGGUGGUUCUUGGCCUGUUGAGUUUAAAUAUAGUUCCAGGUUUGAGCCAUGGCAGAUGCAGGGCUGAAACUUUCCCGGCUUGCUGUUCUCACCUGCUCCCGGGAGCAGUCAUCCCAGCAAUUCCUCCUGCUACUAUCCCAAACAAGCACCUGUUGAGUGCUGUAACACUAAGGGAUGAGGUGGGAUUUGGAAAAGAAUUGCCCUUUCUGCUGUUGAGAUUUCAGAGGCCUUGCUGCUGUAAUUCUGUUCUGCAUGAGACACUGGGAGAUGGUCGGACAACCUGAAACAUUGACCUGACUAUCGUGUAAAAACUGUGCAUAAUCCUCAAUGGAUAUUUAUAAGUUUUUAUUUUUUAUAACUUUGGGGGAAUCAUGGAGGGAAAAAGUAGUCAACAGAGCCAGAUUAAGCAUGUGAUUUAUGAGCUCUUAAUAAAAGGUCAUAAUAAAAACUUUGUAAAUGAAACAGAAUUAUAAGCUUUGAACUUAAUUUGUAUGCAAAUGUUAUAGCAGUGAGUAAAGCUGUAUACCAAUAAGUAAGGCUUAGCCCUUAUGUUGGACAGAGUACCCUUUUUCAACUGUCUAAAACUUUUUUUAUUUGGGAAGUCUGCAAACACAAAACUAGAGAGGAAAGUAUAUAUACUUUCCCUAUGUAUUCUUCACCCAACUUCAACACUUAUCAACAUCUUUUCUGUUUCAUCUAUUUCUUCUACUUUUUUUCUUUUAUUUUUUAUUCCUAGAGUAUAUUUUAAAACAAAUCUAAGAGCUAUGUCAUGUAAUCUGUAAGUAUGUUGUUAUGCAUCUGAUAGACUUUUUAAAGUUUUUUUUGAGGUAAUUAUAGAUUGAGGAUGUUGAAAAAAAAAAAAAUAUGUUCAGGGAGGUCCCAUGUACCCUUCACCAGUUCCUUCAUUGGUAGCAUCUUGAAUAACUGUAGUAUAAUAUGAAAGCCAGGAAAACGACAUUGGUACAAUCCACAGGGCUUAUUCAGAUUCCACCAUUUCGUGUGUGUGUGUGUGUGUGUAGUUCUAUGCAAUUUUGUCAUGUGUAGAUUCACAAUCAAGAUAUAGAACAUUGUGAGGGGGAGGGAUAAAUUGGGAGAUUGAGACAUAUACACACUAUACUGUAUAUAAAAUAGGUAACUAAUAAAGGCCUACUGUAUAGCGCAGGGAACUCUACUCAUUACUUUGUAAUGACCUAUAUGGAAAAGAAUGUAAAAAAGAGUGCAUAUAUGUAUAUGUAUAACUGAUUCACUUUACAGAAGAAACUAACACAACAUUGUAGGGACUUCCCUGGUGGUCCAGUGGUUAAGAAUCCGCCUUCCAAUGCAGGGGAUGCGGGUUUGAUCCCUGGUCGGGGAACUAGGAUCACACAUGCUGCAGGGCAACUAAGCCCGCGCGCCACAACUACUGAGCUCGCAUGCCUCAAUGAGAGAGCCUGCGUGCCGCAAACUACAGAGCCCAUGAGCCCUGGAGCCUGCACGCCACAACUAGAGAGAAGCCUGCACACCACAAUGAAGAGCCCUCACCGCAAUGAAAGAUCCCAUGCGCUGCAACUAAGACCCGACGCAGUCAAAAAAAUAAAGAAAAUAUUUUUAAAAAAGAACAAUGUAGCAGAUAAAAUAAACUUAUUUAAAAAAACUAACAACAUUGUAAAUCAACUAUACUCCAAUAAAAAUUAAAAUAUAUACAGAACAUUUCCAUAGCCACAAGGUUCCUUCAUGCUGUCUCCUUAUAACCACAUCCACCUCUCACCUCUUCCCCAUCCCUACCCCCAGCAGUCACUGCUCUGUUCUCCAUCUCUAUAAUUUUAUUUAAAAAAUAUAUAAAUGGAAUCAAAGUUUGUGACCUUUUGAAGUUGGCUUUUUUCACUUAGCAUAAGCGAGUGAGAGCCAUCCAGGUGGUUGUGUGUGUCAGUAGUUCCUUUCUUUUUAUUGCUGAGUAGUAUCCCAGGUAUGGAUGUACCAUGUCUGUUGAACCAUUCAUACAAGGAGGGACAUCUAGGCUGUUUCCAGUUUGGGGCUAUUAAGAGUGAAGCAGCUAUAGACAUCUGUGUAUAGGUUUUUAUGUAAACAUAAGUUUUCAUUUCUCUGGAAUAAAUGCCCAAGAAUGCAA